CCUCGCCCCCCGCACUGAAGCGACGGAAGGGGUUGGUGGUGGUAGCCGUCGGAGGAGGGACAGGUGGUCCCGGAAACGGAAGUCGCGUAGGAUUUUCGGGGUUCUCGAAAGAAGGGGCAGCGAUGAAUAUCCUCCCAAAGAAGUCGUGGCAUGUGCGGAACAAGGAUAACGUAGCCCGAGUGCGGAGAGAUGAAGCGGAGGCCGAAGCUCAGCGUCAAAAACGGGAGGCCCGAGUCCUGCUUGCGGAACAGGAGGCCCGGACUGAAUUCCUACGCAAGAAGGCACGUCUGCAAGCCCCGGGAGGUAAUGGCAGUAGUUCGGAUCUUGUCUCUUUAGGCUCGGAAGAGUCUUCGCGCCAUCUCAAUCUCUUUCAGGAGUUGCAGGAGGGAGGCAACAAAGAAUAUGAAGAAGAGAAGAGGCAAGAGAAGGAGCGGCAGGAGAAGGCUCUGGGUAUCCUCACUUACUUGGGCCAGAGUGCAGCAGAGGCCCAGACUAGUCGUCCCUGGUACCAGGAGCCACCAGACCGGAGCAAGGCUGUUGCCAAGGAUGAGAAGCUGAAAGGGAAGCUAGACCCCCUUGUUGAGAUGGGAAAACAUCUGAGUAAGAAAAAAAGUUCCCACAAGAAGGAAAGGAAGAAAGAAAAAGAGGGGCAGAAGGAAAAAGAAAGCAGAGGAAAGCUGGCAGCUCGGCCACCUUUAGCUGCUGCCUCCUCUUUGCAGCAGCUACGGCAAGAGCGGAUGCGGCGUGAGCAGGCUGAACGAGCCCGUGCAGAAGCUCUUCUGGCCCAGAAAGCAGGAACGCUCCUACCUCAAGAGGAAGAGGAGGAAGUGGAUGAGAGGAAGCGUGGUUACAACUCCCAGUUCCACCCCCAGCUGGCAAAGAAAAGAACUUGGGAAGCACAGAAGCGAGAUCCACUGGUGUGACAUGGCAAUAGCAACCUGUUUGGGGUAGCUGAAGUAUCAGAGACAGGAGAGCAAGCAAGCUGGCACGGGAACUAUGAUUUUGCCCAUUCUUUCUAGUGUGGCAUACUUUAUGGACAACUCCUGAUCACAAUCUGCAGAAAUUCCUGAAGGAAGAAUCAAGCUGGGAAAGCACCGGGACCUUCAAUACUACACUUAGCUCUUCAUCUUCUCCAUCACUAAUAUUCCCUAGAGCACAGCAGUUCUGCUUAUGGUUUGUGAAGCUGCUUUUGCCAAGGCUUGACUGUAAAAACAGGGACCGUGUCAAGCAGGUUGCAGACAAUGUGGCUGGCAUACCAUGAAUUGGUAGGUCAUAUGUUUUGCCUGUUAAGAGUGUACUCCCAACAGCUCCCCUCUCUCCAGUCUGCAUGGUCUUCCUCAAAACAAAUUUAGUCUGUCUUAAGCCCUGGCUGCGAGCAGAGCCGUGGUGGUUCUGUCUCCUUCAGUUGCAUAAUCAAAUUCAGAAAUAUCCACAUGUAGCCCAAUGGGAACAUUUUAUGGUUAGAGUAAGGGAAGCUAUUUUUCUGUAGUUCUUUUCUAUGCCUCAGCGUCCCUAUAUGCCUCUGCUAGCAUAGUCAACCAAGAGUUUUACCACAUGCCUAACUGAUUAGGAUUGAAAGGAAGAGGCUGGUGUAGUGGGGGAUGAAGGCAUAGAAAAGACAGCAGAGAAGCAAGGGGUCAGAAGAGAGGAAUAAUGGAUUUAGGGCUAAGAGCAGCUGUAUAGCUAUAACUGGACAGGGGUUGGGGGAAAGAGAUGUGCCAUGGCCCCUACUGACAGGACAACAGCUCAUGCUUCCUAGCAUGGUGCUGGCUCCUGAUUGGAGAAUUCCUCUUGCCUUCGAGCUAUGUUAAAUGUUUCUGAGCCAGGGAAAUAAGCACACAAGCCUGCGUAAGAGAGAGAAGGUCUGCCUGUGUAGAGGGAGUGUGUGGUAUUAUUUGCAUAGGAGAGAAAGGGUUGCCAAAAACAUUUUCACCACCAAGUCUUUGCAGUUCUGCAGCAAAGAUAUGGGGCUGGGGGAGAGGUAUCUUUUCUAUGCCUCUGGAUAAGAGCGUGCUAAUCCAUGUACAAAACAAACACACUUAAGCCUGCAUAUAUAGAUUUCCAUCACUUGGGAUUUCAUUGAUGCAAGUCAUCUAUAUAUGUCUUGAUUCUAAUAAAUUGGGCAAACAUUGCCUCAAAUAUGACUAAGGGAA